AUGGACGAGCAGCGGUCACGGCCUCCGCCGGAAAAUCUAUAUACACAGGUGCCAAAAGACGCAUUGGGGAACAGCGAACGGCUUGGUGCAGUUACGACUGCAGCUGCGACCGCAGUGGAAGCCUUUGUAUCGGUUGCGGCCCCGGUCCGUCAGCAGCACGAGGACACCAGUGCCACUGAGCCUGUCGUGGAGCACCGAACGUCUUUAAACGUGCCUACUGAGUGUUCUCGCAUCUGGCCCUGCGAAGCGUGCCAGAGAAGCGGAAGUACUUGCGUUCCUCAGUCGGAUCGACAGAGUGUGGACCAUCGUACUAUGAUGUCUACCGAACCACGCACAGAGAAGUCGCCAGUCAGCAGUGUUUAUCCAGGCCAGCCUUCUAGUGAAACCUUAAGAACGUAUGAGGCUCACGCCAGCGCAUCCAUGGAGGAAUACCGAUGGAGCGUGUCCGAUAUGGGCCGCGCUUCAGAUGUCGCCAUCCCAAAAGACGGUGGUGCUGAACGUGGCUCAUCCAUUACGUGCCCUGCAGACGUUACUGCUCGUGGGGAAGGGAAUGAGAUCAGAGAUGAUGGUAACAGCACUCUCCCAUUCGACAUUGGCGAUAAUGUAGGCUGGGCGCCCUCAUCUAGCGCAAUCGCGCUCCCGGAUUCGUAUAUGCCCGCAGACAAUUCGAUGGGGGAUCCUACGGCAGAUCCAUGGCACUGGAUGCCGUGGGCUAUGGAACCACGCUCGUGGGAGACAUUGCCCGCAUCUUUCUGGGGUUGGACCUGGCCCCUGAUCGGUUCCGAGACCGACGGUUCCUUACAUCCGUCUAUUCCUGCAUCGCAGGCGGCAGGGUGGCCCUUUGGAGGCGAGGCUGAACAGCCUCAGCAGCCGAGCACAAGCGGCGUUAUGCCCUUCUGGGCAUACCACUCAAAAGAGCUGUACCCUCCAGGUCCCUCUUUUGAUGCACCGGACCCUAUACCCUCGUCCGAUGCACUCGGGCUCUCUUCUAUACUAGAAACUGCGCCACCGAGCUUUCCGAGAUUCCCUCAUGUGCAGCAUGUCGAGGAAGCCAGCCUGGCGCUCCCGACUAAGUCUCCAAUGCUAAUGCCUCCCUGGGAUCCAUUGGCGCCUGUUUCCGCAGCAUUGUCCAAGACGGACUUCCACCGCCACAGCUUGCAUCAACAACCAUCUGCCCCUGCCCCUGUGCGAAACCUCGAGUUGCUAGUACCCCCGUGGCUACAGAUUAUGAUGGAUUACCAGGGGACUGAAGUCAGCCCGUUCGAUAACGUCGGUGCCAACAGACAGGAGUCAUCGUGUAAUGUCACGGUGCCGGAAGACCAGGUCGAGCAUCAUCACUCGACCUAG